AUGUCGGCCAAUAAAAUCGAAAGGAUAUCAAAAGACGUGGCAGAACGAUUAACAACUGCUCAGGUAACAUUCCGCGAUAAAAACACGCACCUGCUUCUCGGAUUCAGGUCGUGGUCAGCUUAUCAAGUGCUUUGCGUCAGCUGAUUGACAAUUCAAUUGAUGCCGGAUCGACGAUUAUCGGUAUCACAAAUAUCAAUUGCUCAUCGGUUGUGCUUUUCUAGAUAUCCGGGUUAAAAACAAUGGUUUCGACAGUAUCGAAGUUCAAGAUAAUGGUUGUGGAAUCGAAACGCUAAACUUUGAUGCUCUCUGCAAGCCACAUUCAACAUCCAAACUAACCCAAUUAUCGGAUUUUGACAAGUUAGCAACACUGGGAUUCAGAGGAGAAGCACUGAAUGCUCUUUGUACUGUCAGGUACAUAUUCUUUUGAAAUUUAAGCGAAUUUUUCGUACUUACAGUAACGUAAUCAUUUUCACUCGUGCAGCUGAUUCUGAAAUUGGACACCGUCUAGUAUUCGAUCAUCACGGCAGCAUCACGCAAAGAACGAUUGCUGCCCGCGAGUUCGGAACCACAAUUAUAGUCGAGAAGCUGUUCGAGACACUUCCAGUUCGACGAAAAGAGCUGGAGCGCAGCUCGAAGCGAGAAUUCGUAAAACUUCUGACGGCAGUCCAGUCAUUCGCUCUCCUCUGUCCGCAUAUUAAAAUGUUGUGUACAAAUACAGUGGCUGGCAAGAAAAUCAACGUUAUCUGCACCCCGGGAGGAACUUCUUCAAUUGGAGACGUCGUCAGAAAUCUCUUUGGCGCUUCCAAAAAUACCGAUUCUGAUUCGUUGGUCGAAAUCAAGAAAGAUCAGCCGAAUGAGGAAAUAAUGACUUUGUAUUCGAUUCCGAGCGAGGAGAGUGACAUUUUUGACCUAUUCAAUCUACGUGGAUUCGUGAGCAGUUGUGAGCAUGGCAGCGGUCGAGGCACUUCCGAUCGGCAGUUUGUUUAUAUCAACAACAGACCAGUGGACUACACUCGUGUGAGUUUGUGGAAACACCAACUACAGUAUAAAAAACAAAAAAUUUCACGUGACCUUUCGUAACGUUCAUUUCAGGCAGUGUUGGCAUUCUGCAACCCUACUGCCUGUAAUGAACUUCACAAAAGGCCACAAAAACAUUUUUGCUUUUAAAAAGCAAAAGCCCCAAAACUUUGCUGUCCAUUUCAGGUGACCAGUACUAUCAACGAAGUCUACAAACAGUUCAACAAGUCGCAAUAUCCGGUCAUCGUUCUUUUCAUCGACGUUCCGCCCGGAAAGAUCGACGUGAAUGUGACGCCCGAUAAGAAAACAGUAAUGCUCGAAAAAGAGAGGCAUUUUUUGGCCAUCUUGAGAGCUUCGAUGCUCCGAACUUAUCUGAAUGUUGUCGGCUCCCACUCGACAAUGAAGAGCAGUGUGGAAGAUCGUCGGAAGCUUCAUGUUCAAGUACAACUAUCCGAUUCGCCUCUCUCGGAACCGCCAAGUCCAACCAUGUCUUGCGAUGAUUCUGCGCUCAACUCGACUAUUGAUAGUACAGAUGCGGACGACACCGACAGGUUGAUGAAUAUGGAAGAUCUAUUGAAGCAAAAGUCUCCCCCAGCCAAGAGAAUGUGCUCAAUGUUCCGACGGCCCACAACGAAUAGCAACAAGCUGGAGAAGUAUUCGUUCACAAUGGAACCGAAAGUCUUCAUUUCGAAGCCGAAAGAGCCACAAAAAGAUUGUCCGACUUCUGAAAAAGCACCCAAAACGUGGGGAUUCCCCAAAGAAAAUGUCUCUUCUUAUUUGGAAGAAGAGCAAAAAAAAGAAGAAGAAGUAGAAGAAGGAGAGAACACGAUUGACGAUAUAGAAACGAUUGAUGAUUCUCAGGAAGAUCUGAUUUCUGAAGACUCUCAGAAUCUGCUGCGACCGCAACAAAAAAUCAUGUUUUCCAUGAAAACUCUUCGAGAUGUCUACCGUAAACGAAACAACCAGAAGGUUGAGCACGAAGAAAGUGGUCUCCAGAAUGAUGCUCUGAAUGAGCUGACGACGGAAAUUCGAAAAGAAGAAGACGCUGAAGCAGAACGGCAACUUUCCCGAUCAUUACAGUAUGUUCAAGUGUUCCAUAAAACAAUAGAAUCAGGUUUUCAGAAAGAACGACUUCUUGGACAUGAAAAUCGUUGGACAAUUCAACAAAGGAUUUAUCAUUUGCAGUCUCCGAUUUCAUCUUUUCAUCGUCGAUCAGCACGCGAGUGACGAAAAGUACAAUUUUGAGAAGCUGCAGAAAAGCGCAAAACUGACGAAACAACCGUUGUUCACGUACUGAUAAUUUUCUUCUGGAAGCUUCUUUAAAUUUAAUUUAAAUUUCAGACCGACGCCUCUCAGCUUCGGAAGUGUUCAGGAGAUGAUCAUCCGAGAGAAUCUGAACAUUUUCCAAUCCAAUGGCUUCGAUUUUGACUUCAGGGAGAACGACGGCUGUCUGAAGACGUUCCUGACGGCGAGGCCGGAGAUUCUCAGCCAGCAUCUGACAAACAACGAUCUGGAGGAAAUCGUGGCAGUUGUGUCCGAGUAUCCGUAUCAAAUGUAUCGUCCCGCCCGAGUUCGCAGCAUUUUUGCGUCAAGAGCCUGUCGUAAGUCGGUGAUGAUCGGAAAAUCGUUGGAUCAAAGGGAGAUGAUACGAAUCAUCAGACAUUUGGCGAAGCUGGAGCAGCCAUGGGUAUAAGAGAAUUGAGUGGAAAACAUUAAGAAAAGGGAAGUUUUUUCCAGAACUGCCCGCACGGCCGGCCGACAAUUCGACACCUAGUGUCAUUGAGGAAUAUCUUGGAUGAGUAG